AUGAUAGGAAAGCUGCUUAGCACAUUCGUCAUUAUGGGCAUAGUCAGAUGCACUAAUUUGUGCUCUCAAAAUGAUCCAAGGGAAGUACAAAGUCUGUUGGACAGAGAUUCAUUCAGCAUAGAAAUCCAAAAUAGGGAGGAAUGCUCCCUUAAAUAUGACACGAUGAAGACGCAUUUCAGGCACGUUUACUUAGUUCAGUGUGUUGGGCAUGCCAAAAGUCUACGACUAAAUUUCGUGGGCGAGUCAAAAAAGAGGGGUGCACAUCACAGCGGAGAUGCGAUUAAAAAAGGAGGAGCACAACAAAGCGAAGAACCAAACCAGCAGUGCAGUGCGGGAAGAAGAAAUCAAGUCGCCUUCUUCAAUGAGCGGGGGAAAAAAAUAACUAGCCAUAACAUAAUCUUCAAGCUUGAAAAAAACAGAAAAGUAAUUUACAAAGUUUGCCAAAUGCAGGACUCACCCCAAUGCACCAUCAUUUAUGUCAUCAUUUCGUUCAAGUUUGAUGUCAUGGGCCUGAGAGAAUUGCUCCUUAGUAAUUUUACUACAGACGAAAAGGAAGGAGCCAAAUUAAACAUGCUGCACCCAGACAAUGUAAAAGUGGGGAAUAUAAAUGAAUACCUCCUUCAGCACUUCCUCCUCGAUAGCAAAAAAGUGACCCAGUUUUACGAAAUUAGCAUUAACGUGACGAAUGACGGUCAUCCAUUGUAUCUGUACGCUUCAUCCCACACCUCCAACUUUGUCUACCUUCAUAGAAAUGUGCGGAAUCUGUUGAAGGAGGAAAACUAUCGAUACGAAACCUACUUCUAUAAAUUUAGAUGUGCGGAUACCUUCCAACUAUUUGCAGCCACUAGCAACACGAACAAGGCGAACUUCUUCAUGUACAGACUGGGCAUUACGUGCAGCGGAGGUAGUGAAGGUAGCGAAGUUCACCAGGUUAGCGGCGGUGGCAGAAGCGACUUCAGUACCUUCUUCGAUCUAAGCGUUGCGAAUCCCACGUUUAUUAUGCCUCCAUUUCGCAUGGACGAAUUCAAGUAUGAUGUGUUCACCCCUGGUAACAACUUCUGGCUUCGCAUUAACUCUGCAGAUGUGUGUCACCCCCCCAGUAAUAUCUACCUAAAUGACAAAAGAGUGAUCACUGAGUACAAUCUGGUAACGUUAAAUGAGCACAUGGACGAACUGUUCUAUGACGACUGCAUAGAGGAGUGGCAACUGCUGCAGAAAAGGAGUCCUAUUCAGCAGGAUGAAAACUGCUCCGACGUGAAAAAGAGACAAGAUUAUUUGAUCUUCGGAAAUCUGCACGACGAGGACGCAUCAAACUGCCCAAAGAAAUGCAAAACUGACCUGUUUGGCGAAAGGAUACACCUGGAAAACUCUUCCUGGAAAAAUAUCUUCUCAUCAAAGAGGAAAAUAAAAUUUCGCAACCAUCAAGAAAUAAACAAAGUUAUAUUCCCCACGAAAAGUGUCUUCAUACUCAAGUAUACGAGCGAACCGCAGAAGAAACACGCCAAUGUUGGAGCUAACACGAUACGCGAUAAAGCGGAGGUGCUAUACUACUUUUUUUACAUACACAGAAUUCCAACCAAUAUUAUAGCCAACAGUUUCGAAUUUAUAGCCUUCUUAAAAAAUGCAAAAUGUGCCCCAAACAAUAUUUGCCACCUGGAAAACGAUAGACAACCAUCCUACAUCCAAGUUGUAUUUAAAAAAAAAAAAAAUAAACAUUUGAGUUACUUAAGCACAAACCUGCUACUAACCCAGAGGAAUGCAAACUGGAGUCACCACUUUGACCAAAGGGACAACCUCAAAUUACUCAUAAACAAUGAAAAUAUAUCCGACCAUAUAAAGUACCCAAUAAACGAAAUAGGCAACAGGGAGGAAAGAAUUAACAUAAAAAUAGUCGACCAAAAUGAUAACAUUGUUUACAAUACCGAUUUGAUUAUUAUAAGGAAAAAUGUAUUUUAUAAAUUUGCCUUACAAUUUCUUUGUUACUUUUCCUAUGCGUAUAUUAUUCUCUGUUUCUGUCUGCAGACAGCAACAGUUUUAACAUCCAUUCAAUUUGUGCAACUAUUGACACUUUUGAAUAUAAAGUAUGACGCCUUUCCCCCCCUGUAUAAUUACUUCCUAAAAAAAUUGCAUCUACUUUCUUUCAUUUCGCACUUCUUCGAUGUUAAGGUGUACAGGAAGAGUCUGGCCAAUCAUUUUGCAUCUAAUGCGCAACUGCUGAGGUGGAACUCAGCUACAGGUCCGAAUACCACAAAUGGAGAUCAUAACUCGGGGGGUGGCCACAACACAAAGGAAAACCAUUUUGUGCUGUCUCAAAAAAGGCAUUACUAUGGGGGAAAAUUAUAUCACGAAAGAGAUACUGAUAGGGGGCACCUCCACGGGGACGCAAAGAAGAUCACGGAGAGCAGCAUCAAAGGUGAGAACCUCCAAAAGGAUAACCAUUACGGCAAGGAAAAAGAAACCCUAAUGAAUGAGGCACCCUCGGAGGAACUUCCCCUGCACAGUAAAAGCAAAAAAGAUGCAGUUGCAAUAAAAAAAAAAUACCUUAAAAAGGAGUCAAUGACUAACCAGCGCAAUCAAAAAGGGGAAGAUGAAAUUAUUCUUCUGCAUACUUUAGUUAGCACCCUUCUGAACAUCAUCAUCAUUCUUCUUUUGUUGACAUUCCUCCAUUUCGUAUAUGCCAAAUAUAUACCAAGGAAAAUCAUAGCAGAAAUGACUCCUAUUCCAUUUCUCCCUCUUCGUAAUUUUGCCCCCCUCAUAUAUGACCUAUUUUUAUUCCCUGUCAUUUUUAUCACAUCUAAUAUAGUACUUCAUGACAGUGCCUAUUACGUGAGGGUUUAUUUUCUCAAUAUAGACAUUUGUGUGCUUAAAUUUGUGAGCAUAGUGUUUCUCUUUUGUUAUGUCCUGUCUUAUGUCAUCUUUUCUUUGCAUGUUGUCCUAUCUGUGAAGAGGAGCAGCGCGUAUAGUUGUUAUUUGCAAAGAUUCAUUCCGCUCUCUAUUAGUAGAAUUCGUGGUAUUCCUAGCGAAGCCAAAAGUUACCUCACGAGGAAUGCCUCUUUGAAACGAAUUAUUCGCAAUUACGUAGAAAGACGGAGGGGGAAAGAUAAACGAAUCGGUUUGUUGCAUCACCAACCUUUGCUACAAGACAUAGCAUUAUCAGUGCCCACCGGAAGGGAUACCCCAAAAAAAGGGUCAACCGAAGACAUUUCUAGUAAAAGGCAUUUUCCCGAGAAAGGAAAAUCGCCAGGUGGUAUCACCAUACCGAGUGACGAUCAAAAAGGUGAUACCUGUGAUGAUAAUAACGAUGGUGAUCGUGGUGAUAGCUCCCCUGCGAGGGACACCAGGAAUAACCCCAUUCAGAAAAGAAACCUAGCUAAAGUUCUUAAGAAUGCGUUUUGCAUACUCGAUCGGCACAUUACAGAGCAUCAAUUGGGAGCCCCCCCAUUUGACAGCGACAGUUCUUACCCAGCUAGCGAAAAAUACCAAGCGCAGUUUUCAGCAUUGAGAGAAAAUGAACCCCUUAGUAUGGAUAUUAAUAAAUACAUUUGUAAAUUUCUUCGGGUGAAAAAUCACGAACAUGGUGUGUACCAUCAAAUCGGAGCAUCUACACAGAUUAAGAUUCAUCAUAAGGGGGAAGAUAAAAGAUGCAGCCAGGUGACUUUAACAGAGAAUUUCCCAACCGUGGGCUUAACGGAGUGCAUAAGAAGAUUGCACCAUUUUAAUGCACUCUCCAAUCGAUGCAAAUAUAAAAUAUCCUAUGCUGAGGCGGUGAAGCAGGACGUAUGGAGCAACAAGCUUCUCCGCGUGACGAUCAGCCGGGCAUCCCUAAACAGUAGCAUCAACAGCAACAACAGCAGCAACGAGGCCAGUGAGAGGGACUCCAAUUUGCAUUUGCUAACCCACCAGGAGGACACACACAUUGGGUACCUCUACGACAAAGUGUCCCUUUUUAAGAAAACCUUCUUUGUCAAAAAGGCUGUGAAACUUAAAGAUAUAUACUUUCUACUCUCUCAGAAAAGAGAAAUACAACUUUUUGUAAAUAACGAGCAAGUUUGUGAUGACGCUCUGAGGAUUUACUCACUUGUUACAAAUAAUUGGUCCAACGAAAACGCUUCUCAUUUCCUCUGCGUACGAUUAAUAACGGCCAUCUGCGUAGCAACUGUGAAUCUUUUAAUUCGGAAAGAUGUCCGCUUCGCCUUCUUCUCAUUAUCUCUCUUUUUCUUCGCCCUAUUUGUAUACAAUUUUUCUUCAAUUUUGAAGCGAUGGGCCGGAGCGGACUCGUGGGAACCACUUGGGGAGUACGAUAAGGGGGAGACAUGUGAAGACAAAAGGAAAGCCACAGAAUCUUUCACCCACGGUGGAAAAUUGUCUAGUGGGAAGCUUCACCUACGAAUCGACAACGAUGAUGAGAAGGAUGGUGAGAAGGAUGGUGAGAAGGAUGAUGAGAAGGAUGAUGAGAAGGAUGAUCAGAACGAUCAUCAGAACGAUCAUCAGAACGAUGUUGAUAAUGCCAAACGUGAUCUGUCACGUUUUAAAUGCACCCAACAGGACAGAUACAAUGAAUGGAUGAAGAAAGAUAUGCUAACUUACCAAACGAUAUACCCUGAAUUAGUGCUAAGUGCGAUUCUUUUUUUCCUUCUCCUUUCCAAUAUGUUCCCUCGAGAGGGGGAGCACUCCGAAUUGUUCAGCCUUCUCUUGUCCCUGUUAACCACUUUUCUUUGUGUAAACCCCCGGAAAGUAAAAAAUGCCUUCCAAAAAAUAAUAGCACAUGCUAAAUAUUGUGUAGCGUCGAAAUGCCAUUCUGCUUAUCUUAAAAUAUAUGCAAUGUACUUCCUCUAUGCUGUAGAACAAUCGUGUGAUUACUUCAUAAGAUGGAUAGUUACCAUUUAUUGUAAGAAUAAAUAUUGUGGCUCACCAACCGGAAGGAAUACCAUAAGGAAGACAAUCUACGCAAAUAUCUGCUCAUAUUUUCGUCACAAAAUUCUUCCUAACUGCAAUGGAGUGACUUUUAAAAAUCUCAGAGUAGACAAAAUACAAAUUCAUCAUCAAGAAAAAGACAUUGGUUAUAAACAUGAAACCUUAACGUUAUACGAUAAUUGCAAAAGCGUUUUUAAUUCUGAGUUGCGAAAAAAUUUGUACGUCAUUGGCAAAAUGGACCUCACUAAAUUCCACAAGGAGGGACUAUCCAAUGUGCCCCUCUACAGACAUAAUGAUGGGAGGAAAAAUCGAAACUACUACAUAUGCUCCAUCGAAGUCGUGGAUCAGCAAAAUCGUUAUUCCAGAAAAUCCCUAUCGUUGUACAUAAAAAGGAAAGAUACCAAGAGGAAGAAAAUCCUCCUACACUGCAGCAGAAAGGGCGACCUUCUCUGGAGUAGCAAAAUUAUGCGGGAGAGGAAUCCCCCCUUGGACUCCAUUCCAACAUAUGGCAAAUUGCCAAGCGGGGGGAAGCCUUCCAAUGGGGGGAAUAUGGACAUUGCUACCAAUAAGGCGACGGACUCUCACACCGAUAACACGGCUGACACCGCUAAGACGGCUGACUUCGCCAACACGGCUGACUGCGCUAAGACGGAUAACUCGGCUAGGAGGGCUAACUGGGCUAACACGGCUAGCAGCGAGAAAUUCAACUUUGCGCGCCAAACAGGCGAACGCAUUAAGGCCGACCAGUACUCCUACACAGUGCUCGGAAAAGAUGGACUAACCAUCAGAAGCCUCUUCAUUAAGCCAAACAGGACGUACAAAAUACAACCCGUGUUUAAGGAAAAGUACCUGAAAUGUGAGCACUCAGGACAUGGGAAAAAAUCAAAGUCUCCAAAUUUGAGCCUCGAUAAUUUUGCACAGUUCGCCAAUUUCUACCCACGAGAUCGCUUUGAUAGGGAAACAUUUCCUAAAUGUCACAAAAAUUGGAAUUCCCAUAUUAGAUGCGCGAAGUGGGAGGAAUUGGCAAACGAAGGGGAUGUCUAUUCUUCUAGUGAUUCCCAACCAAGUGGUGAAGAUACCUACAGAAAGGGGAACAGCACGGCAGACCUUAGCAGAGCUUCAUACAUACGCCCGAGAAACAGGGGAAGAAAAUAUAAGGACGACCAAAGCUUCCGACAAUUUCACGUCACGUGCGAGGACAUAGGAACGCUAAUCGUCUCGCACGACAUGAAUUAUGUAGACACAUUUGAGGACAUAAAAGUGGAGAAUGAAUAUGGAGAGUCAUUUUGUCUAAAUUCGAUUCGGAAUUGCAUUACUUUCAUAAAAAAAAAAAAAAUUAUUAUUUUGAGUCACCCCUGUUUUUAUAAAAAUGAAACAUAUUAUGUUUUUCUCAGAGGUGGUCAAAAGUGCCUUUCCGAUUAUUUAACCGAAGGAAUUCACGUGCAGAGUUCCCCCAAUGGGGAAAUCAUUUUAAACUCGUUUAGGCAAAAUAACAAAAGGAAUUCUUCCCAAACCGGAAAUCACCAAAUAGACACAGACAUAACGGAUGGAGAAGACGAAAAAUGUGCCUACCGAAGUAGAAUACUCCUCGACGAUCACAUCGAUAUGUACAAAAUAAGUGAGCGUAAAGAAAAAAAAAAAUUUUUUUUUGUUAAAGUGAAUAAAAAGAGUAACACUUUCUACGCGCAGAGUUAUGUCAGAAGAAAAUGUAAAAAUGCGCUGGACUUAGCAUUUAUGAAACAAUUUUUCUCUAGGGAGUAUUAUGACCUCCAAGAACAAGAACCCAUAAAUGACUUCCUCGAGGAAAUAAAUCAUGCAGAUUUUGUCCCCAUUCAGCUGUUAUAUAAGCUGAAGACAAGCCUCGAUGUUUCUGCUGCCAAAAAUUUGCAGAAUUACUUUAUCGAGUGCUUAAAUGAGUCUCCAAUUUUGUGCAAAGGGGAUGACAAAAAUGGAGAUGUAGCCGAUGUUGCCCAUGUGCCUGAUGUCCCUUACGAACUGUUGACCACAUCUGAGGGGGGGGCCACAACGGGGAAGAAAAAAACAUAUUGGGGAAGUUCAACUGAGAAAUGCUUCGAGAAAAAUAAAAACUGCCUUUCCUUUUGGAGGAAAUCCCCCCUUUUCAGCGCCACAGGGGGUAGUACCACUAGAGGUGGCAUGAGAAGUCCAUCAAACCAUCUCGCAAGUGGGACACCCCAGAAUGGGCAGCCUAAAAAUCACGAGGGAACAAUUCAUACACAAGCUGGCCACGCACACCAAAACCGAAACCACAGCUGGAAGGAAAACCUCCUACACAUGUGCAGAAAACACCUCAUCCGAAGCAAAAAAAGGGAAGGAGAAAUUCUUUACAGAUAUGCCGCAAACUAUAAAGAUCUCAUAAAGACAUAUGUUACACACAUUAAAAUUUACGAAAGUAAGUACAAUUAUGUGAAGCAUAAUAAAGGCAACAUAAAGGUGCUAGCGAAUAUUCUACUGGACUUAUUAAGCUUUCCUUACGUACUAGACGUGUUUCAAAGGUACAACAUUGUAGACAAAAGAGAAGGGGAGAACUCUCAUCAUUACGGAAACAACAUCAGCUUUAAUAUUUACGAUGUGUAUGAGAAGUGCUCAUUAAAUAAGAAACAUACAGUUCGAAAAAUUGUGAACUACUUGGAAGAACUCGCAGCGUAUAAAAUAAUGUACAUUAUUACAUUCUAUAAGGACAAACUGAAGUAUCUCCAGUUGUUGGACAAGAUGAGCGUCGACCAGAGCGUUUGCGAGCUUCAGAGAAACAUCGAUCGGAUGUUUUACCACAGAUUUAGCUUCUCUAGGUGCGGGAGGGGAAAGACGCGGGCUCGACACGGCUGCCCCGCGAGCAGUAGAGGCGCAAGCAGCAGCCACGAUAGUAGUAGCGACCGAAACUGCAGCCGAAACUGCAGCGGAAGCCGCAGCCCAGCGACAAACGAUAAACCGAAGCAGGGAAAAGGGGACACUCUCGGGGACCCACCAAAUCAAAGGAAUCACGAAAAGACACUCCACGAAGUCGUACUAGAAAGGUACAUAAAACGGAGAAAAUCCUUUGCCUGCAAAUUUUACGAAAUAAAAAGGAGCAUACGCGAAAUUGCAAAAAAAUAUAGGCAGGAGGAACAUGGGACAAAGGAAAUCCUUUUUUAUUUCCCAUUUUUUAUUCACAAAAAAGAAAUAAUAAAAAUGAAAAAAAAUGUAGAACAACAAAUAUACGAAUGGAAUGCUUGUCUUGCGAAUUUUUUUUCCAAUUUUUUAAAUCAUUCUUUAACGAAGACUCAUAUAUGCCAAUAUAACUUGCGAAUAUUAAACAGACACAUCGUAAAUAGCAUAAAACAUUCCAUGUUUGGCAAGCAUAAGAAUGCUAAGCUUCAUUUCGCCAAUUUUAAUUUUGUGCAUGUUGUUAUUUCCUUUCCAUUUCUUAACCCACAAAAGGCCCUGUUAUUUCCACACACCUUUUUCUACAUGAAAUAUUCACCAUAUAAACCAAUUUUUGUUCUCUGCAAUCAGGAUGAUAUUGGCAGCUUGUUAGGGGAGGACGGUGGAAAGGUUCACCGGGAGCAAGCAGACUCGCCCAAGUGGGACGAAUCAUCAUAUGGGGGUAGAUCACCAGAAGGAGAGAACCCAUCAGAAGUGACAAGCACAUUGGGGGGAUUAAACUCACUGGAGGAAGACGAAUUAACGGGGAUGGAAAGCCAAGACUGCGAACGAAAAAAGACACGCCGCGAAAAAAGUAUACGGUGCAAUGCCCCGCGCGGGAAAAAAAAUGCACUCCCCGAAGAAACAAACAUAUGUCGCGAAAAAGAAAAAUCAAAAAAGCAACUACUACUUCCAUGUUAUCUAGAAAUUGUGAAUGACAAUCUGCUUAUAUACCUUUUUGAUAACUAUGAUAAUAAGCUAUGCUGGAGGGUAGAGCGGGGGAAUUACUCCCUGGAGACACGGGAAAUGACAGAUAGAGAGGGAGAAAGAGAAGCAAGGUAUGCGACGGGAGAGAGGAAGAGACGGGGAAGAUGCACAGGAAGGAUCAAUGGCAAAACCGUUGCGCCAACAUCACAUCUAUCUGAAGGGGGAUACUCAAACUGCGGCACAUCAGAUAACGAGCAAAAAGAAGUUGUAUACACAGUCAUUAGUAGCGACGAAAAUGACGACACGUCAAUUUCAUCGCUUAUCAAGAAGAAGAAAAAAAUUAUGCCAAAGUACACACCAUUAGAACACAAAAAUGAGAGCAUUCAAAUGAGGGGGAACUACCUAACAGAUGAAAAAAACUGCUUUGUAAAAUGUGUGCGUCUGUUCUCGAACUGCUUCAGUAACUUAAAGGACAGUUUGGGGAGAAACCUUUGCCUCUUCUUUGCAUGUUACGAGGGGGAGAAGAAGAACAGACUGUACAAUGGCAAUUCGGAUUACAUCAAACUGAUAGUAAAACUUAACCCGGCUGCCAUCCCGCAGUUAACGAGCUCCCUAACCAUAAAUGACCAUGCGUGGGGGAAGCUAACGGAAAGGAAUAAGCUUCUAAUUCGCGAAAGGAUUGAAGAGGUUUGUCUGGAGGUCGCGCAAGUGUUUCCGCCCGGGGGAGGGGACCCACCGGAAAUAGAUCCCAAUGUAGCUGGAGCUGACGAAAUGCUCACCCGCACCACAGAGGAUCAACGCGGCUACUCCAAGUCCCCAAGUCAAGGCAUCAAAGUGGAAGAAUUUGCCCAGCGUGAAGGAGUUCACUCCCAAGAUGGGACGCUAAACGGAGAGACCCUCUUGAGCAUCACACACGUAAGCGAAAAAGAGUUUCCCCACGAGGAAUGGCACGAACUAAAUCUAUUUACAUUCAGCUUCUACAAAAAUAAAUUAUCAGAGCUGAUAACAAAUUAUACCGAAUCGAUCGGAGUGGAGGCAAGCAAUUCGCGUGAGAACCGCGCAAACCCAUACCACGACGUACGUUUAGACAUAAUCGAAAAGAGAAACUCAAUAAAUGAGACGUGGAGGUAUGAUCAAGUCAGCGAAGAAGGGGAAAAGGAAUAUGACGGAAGGAAAGAAGAGCAAAGGAACAUUUCUUACCUCCUAAAAGGCAUAGAAAGAAUGAGAAGCACGACAUUUAAAAAAAAAGAAUUUAUGGAAGAUUCAGCAAAAAGUACACACAAAGAAUUAAUAUUUUACGACAAAAAUCAGGAGCUAUUUUGUAAAUACGUAGGAGAUAUGAAAAAUAAAUUUUACAAUGGACAUGGAAAAUUGUAUGACAAAUUUAACAGCUUAAUUUAUGAUGGACAAUGGCUCAAUUCACAAAAACACGGAAAGGGGAAAUUACUAUUCAAGCAUUUUAACAUUUGGUAUUUGUAUGAAGGACAAUUCUCAAAUGACGAAAUUGUAGACAAAGGAAUAAUCUCCCUGAUCGAUAAGGAAUAUGUAAAGAGGAUACAAUCCGAUAAAAUUAAUAAACUGUGUCCCCUGCUCAUUAAAGUAAAUUUCGGAAAAUAUAAAUGGCAUAAAACUAUUAACGGGGAUAUGGAACAAAACCCACAAAUUGAAAAAGAACUCAUCAGACAGAUAGAAAAAACAGUCAUGCAAAAUUACAGCCCUAAUAAUAAUGUAGAUUUCUGGCCAAAAGAAAUUACAGAUAUUUACUUCCCCUACUUGAAGAAAUGGAAUAUCUACUCCUUCUACUGCUCAUGCAACAUAGAAAAUAUCAAAGCCAAGAAGGAAAUCUUCGAGUCCAAUGAAAACAAUUUUAAGAAUUUAAUGGGAUAUCCUUCCUUCGAGCUUCGCAAAGGGAAGAACGAUCUCGAUUCGAAGGAGCCGCUAGGAGACGACGAGGAGCAGGCAGACAGUGAGGGGACUCCAGGGCAGGAUUAUCCCAAGCAGCCGUGCAGAGAGGCCGAACCAAGAGGUAACUCCCCCAAGCAACCAGUUCCAAACCGUCACUCGGAGGAACACAUUGUGUACAAGCGAGACAAGACGAACGUCCUGCACGAGGAAUUUUUCGAGUACAUGAAAAAAACAAACGAGCAGAAGCUGUACUAUCCCCUACUGAGCAAAACGGUUGGAUUGGCGAAAAUCAUCUACGCGGACAAGAGUGAGUACAUCGGGCCGAUCAAUAACAGGGGGCAGCCAAACACCAACGAGCAAUUUCCCCAGGCCAUUUUUAACAACAACGAUUUCUUUUACGAAGGAGAAAUGAAAAAUUUUCUGCCGCAUGGAUAUGGUAUAUUCAAAAAUAAAAACGAUAGGAAAAAUACCUACUUGGGAUUUUGGAAAAAUGGACACAGAGAAGGAAAUGGAAGUCUCCAUUUGAGAAACAAAAAAUAUAUAGUUCAGGCAAACUUUACAAAAGAUAAGCUGCAUAGUAACGUUAACAUAUUCAUAAGGGAUGAAAAGAUAUGCAAAAUGUACAUAUCAAGUGUAAGCACAAAUAGUAAGAAAAUAAAAAUAUUUUUCCGAAAUGGCUACAUUUUUUAUGGCCACUUUUCAGAAAAUUAUGAGCGAAAUGGGAUAGGCAUCCUCAUAGACAGCAACAACAAAAUUUUAUAUCAUGGGUAUUACAAAAAUGACGUGAUCGAUAAAUUCUGCUACAUCCUACGACAUAAGGAUAACACUAUAUAUUGUGGGAACCUCUAUCAAGGGAAUAAAAAAGGGUUUGGGAAAUUAUAUUACGAAGAAAAAUUACACUUCGAUGACGAAAAUGAAUUCAAUUUAAGUUUAUCUAAUGCCAAAAUUUUAGAAAGAAAAUUGGAGUCAUACGAUGGUAUUGAUAUCAAUUCAGAUAUCCCCUUAAAUUUUCCUCUCGAUUCGAACCAUGUUAUUUAUGUUGGCUAUUGGGAUGAAAAUAAGUUUUCUCAUUUCGGCUCAUGUAAUUUGAGGAAUGGCAUUUAUAAAGGGGACAUAAAGGAUUCCAAAAAAGAUGGCUUCGGAAUCUACAUAUACAAGAAUAAAAAAUCUUAUAAAAAUAAAAACAGAUACGUUCUGUCCUAUUUUAAGAAAGACAAAAUCAAGACCAUGGGGAAAUACUACAGUGAAUAUGACAAACUGAAAGUACACUCUUUUCAAAAAGAACAAAUUAAACACAAAAAAUCAGCUUACGACAAAUGCUUUACUAAGGGAAAAAUCAAAUAUGAUGUCUUAAAAACUGACAAACUGUACAUAAAUCAGGAGAUCGACUAUUAUAUUACCAUUCCUCUUGCCGACACGCUGUCAGCUAUUAUGGACGAGGUUUUCGAUAAAUCCACGAGCUUUGUCCAUUACUUGUAUCGCCCCUUUCGAUUCGAUUUGAAUUAUUUCUUGAAGAAGUGA